AUGGCAAAAAUGGAUCUCGGUGAUCUUUGUGGACGAUUUCUAACAUCACGUUUUACUAAGCAAACACAGUCAGCCAAUUCAAAGUCAUCGUUAAACAAUGGUUACAUCGCGAAUGAACACAAACGUCACUCAAUUCUCACACAGAAGCUUUUGUUCAAGCCUUAUAAAAAAAAUCCACUUGAUCAACUACGUAAACGCUAUUCAAAUCUAGUUGGUUCGUUGAUUAAUGAAAGUAUCAAACCGAUCGCUGCACCAACAACAACAACAACGACGACGACUACUACAUCUACGAUUACCAAGAACUCUUCAGUACCGAAAAAAACUUCAUCAUUGAUGAUGAAUUGGGAAUUAUUGAAAGAUCGUGGAUCGGGAUUGAUUAAUCUUGGCAAUACAUGUUUUAUUAACGCCUCGUUACAAUGUUUAGCCAAUACUCCACCGCUCGUUCAGUGGCUUUUAUCGAACUCUCAUCAUCAGCAUUGUCGAAUGAAAUUAGAAAAACAGUUUUGUCUGUUUUGCGAAGCUGAACGAAUUGUUAAAUUAAUUCAUUCCAAAGCCGCCUAUUCGUCGUCAUCAAUGGGUCCAGCUAACCCGAAUAAUCUUGUCCGACGAAUAAAAGAUAUAUCGAAAACUUUUCGUUUCGGACGUCAAGAAGAUGCUAGUGAAUUUCUCAUUUGUCUUAUCGAUAAAAUCGUCGAAGCUUGCCUUCGUUCGUCUCAGCCGCCUGAACGCUUGCGGCCAUCAUCCGGUACUUCCUACGACCAAUUGUGCCAUUCUCAAACGUUUCUUCAUGAAUUAUUCGGUCUCGUUCUUCGUUCGCGUGUUGUCUGCUCGCGUUGUCAUCAUACAUCGGAUACAUUCGAAGUACAAUAUACUUGGAUUGUUGGUGUGCGGAAUCAUUCAGAUUUAAGGCAAUCACUCCACCAGUUUGUCUGUCGUGAAACGUUAGCAGGUGAAAACUUGUAUCGGUGUAUGAAAUGUAAACAGUUAGUACCAGCGAUAAAACGGUAUACAUUACACAAAGCACCGAAAAUUUUGCUCAUCAAUUUUAAACGUUUCGAAUUUGGCAAAAACUCACAUAAACUAUCACAUCUCGUUCGUUAUCCUGAACACCUUAACGUUAAACCGUAUAUGAGCGAAGAAAAUUGCAAUGAUCAAUCGUUAAAUUAUCGUUUAUAUGCUGUUUUGGUACAUGUCGGUUCAUCGAUGCAUUCCGGACAUUACUAUUCUUAUGUACGUUCGCCAAAUAAUCGUUGGUAUAAAGCCGAUGAUUCAACAAUGACUCAAUGUGAUCUAAAUCAGGUGUUAACACAACAUGGUGCUUAUAUUUUGUGUUAUAUCAAUGAAACCGAACCAGCAAUAGGAAAUCAUGUGACCAAUGGCAUCACAUCAAUGAAUAAAACAAUCUAUCAAAAUGGAAAAUUGAAUAACAGUGAACAAAGAACGACUACAGCAACAACUAAUUCGAAGUUUUUCACACCACAUUUGUUAUGA